AUGGAGCGGUCGGCGUGGGCCCGAGUAGUCCCGGUGGCCCUGGUGGCCCUCUGGCUGGUCCUGUCCCCGUCGUCCGCGGACGUGCAGGUUAACCUGAGCUCCAUGGACUUCUCGGAGCUCCCGGCGCUGCUUGGGGUCCCCUUGGACCCUCAGAGCGCACCCGGCUGCCUUCUGGUGGCCAGGCCGGCCGACAUGUGCCUCGCCAUCGAGGGCCCUGGGUCCGACAACAGCUCACUAGACCAAUUCGUGCUCGUCCGGCCCCUGGGCUGCUCGUGGGAGCGCAUCGGGAGGCGCCUGCAGAGGGCUGGAGCCACCACAGCCUCGGCGGGCUCUGAGGGCCCAGGGCAGCUGCGUGUGUACGACGACCUGGAGGUGACUGUUCGCUGCGACAGGCCAGCACGCCUGUUGCUGCCCCACGGGGGGCAGUGUCCGGACCCCGAGUGCCACCCCGUCGUGGCUGCGUCCUGGGCGCUCGCCCGAGCCCUGGCCCUGGCCGCGUCCACGCUGUUCGUGCUAAAGCAGCUGUGGCCGUGGGUCCGAGGUUGGGGGAGCCGGGGCACUGCGGUGAAAACUCAGACGUGUCAGAAGGCGCAGGUGCGCACGUUCACGCGCCUCAGCGACCUGUGCGCCAUCUGCCUGGACGACUAUGAAGAGGGGGAGCUGCUCAAGAUCCUGCCGUGCGCGCAUGCGUACCACUGCCGCUGCAUCGACCCCUGGUUCUCGCGCGCCACUCGGCGCUC